UACAAAAUACAAAUACUUUUGGCUUAAAGAAGGCUUAUUUGGCUAAUUUUUUUUUUGUGCAAAAAACCCUUUAAAAUUUUGUGUGUGCCAACUUGUAAAGCUCUUUUCCCAAACCCAUAUCAGUGCUGUAACUCCCACAGAACCAUAGUUUAAAUCGAGUUGCAGUUGGCCAGGCGACCUAGUCGCAAGAAGAUCAAGUUACCAGUAGGGACAUGCCAACCAUGACACGAAUGCAUCGCCACUCGAGUUCCAGUGCCGUGGUGGAGGAGUCGCGUGGGCGGCGGCGCGGAGCGGCCGCAUCGGGAGCGAGGGACGCGAACAAGGAGAACUUCGGGGUGCACUUCAUGAGCAGUCCCUUCGGCAAUGCCAGCCUCAUUGCCCUCCAGGAUCUGAGCAACGUGCACGGCAAGAGUCCGCAGCGCAGGAGUUUCAGCGAAGGAAGUGGUCCCCGGCAGGCGACGCCGCAGUUGGCGGCUCUGAGAUGUUUGCCACGCACCACCACCACCGGUGGUGCACUGGCUCUCGAGGACUCCCAGCUAUCCUCAUCACGAAUGGGCGACACCACAUUGGAUCGCAUGCUGGAUGCCAUCAUAGAAUCGGCCCGCAAGGAGGUGAGGUGUACGAAGCCACCGGGAGUCACCGGUACGAGUAGCAUCACUGCAAGUGCCACCGCCACCAUUCUGACGGAGAACCAGUCUGGCGAGUGGAGCGAGACCAGUGUCCACGAAAUGGAGGUGCGCACACCCACCCACUUGAAAAGGCAGCGGGUUGUGCGGCGCAAGAACCCUCACAAGACCCAUUCCCAUUCGCUCACCCACACCCAAAACCAGGGCUUCGCCCAAACGCAGAGCCACCACACCAAAAAGAUGGACCAACUGCAUCUGAUACCGAGCACCAAGCGCUGUCUGAGCUUCUCAUCCAGUUCCGCUUCGAGUGAUUUGGACGACGAUGAGCAGCAGGUGGCCAAGCGGAGUUCGCUGGCCUCCAGCUCCACCUCCUCGGCCACGCCCCCCGCCCGCAGCACCACCAGCCGCAACAGCAGCAACAGUGGUGCCGACUUGGAGUCCGGCCAGCGGGGCAGCAUCGACGUGAGCAUUGCCUACGACGCCAGGCAGCAGCAACUCAAUGUACAUGUGAUUCGCUGUCGGGACCUGCAGCGUUCCCAUGGCAGUGGAAAUGGCAGCAUCAAUGCCUACGUCAAGGUGGCUCUGUCCGGAGCUGGAGUUGCAGCAGGGGGCACCAGCCAGCCUCCCGGUGGCUCCGGAGGGAGCAUGAGUUCCGGCUAUCAACGCACCGCCGUCCACCGGCACUCGGGUCGUCCGUACUUCGAUCAGCGGUUCAGCUUCCAGAUUUCCAGUGGUGAGGAGACCACGGGUCAGCAUCUUCAGCUGGCCGUUUGGCAUCGGGAUCGCCAUUUAAACUCAGUUCCCGUUACUCAGUCCGAGUGGCAAGCUCGCGAGAAAAGACGAAAACGGCGAACGGCAAAACGGCUGGCAACGCUCGACAAGACAGGAAAUCGAGGCAAACGCAGCGAAUUCCUGGGUUGCAGCACUUUUCCGCUGAAUGAGCUAGUGCAUCCGAAGUCGGGCAUCACGGCAGGAUCCUAUAAGCUGCAGGCACAGCAGGCAUGUGCUCCGCCCAAUAACUGCCAGAGUCAACGGAAAACUCACGCAGGCCAGUAUCGCAAGCAGGAAACGGACAAGGAUCAGGAGCAGGAGCAAGUGCAGGAACAAGCGAAGGACUCUCCCACAGAAAUGGCAGCCGCCGCCACAGUUACGCCGCAAAAACCAGCUGCCACGGGUUCUGGAUCGGGAUCCGGAUCAGCAGCAGCCAUGCCACUGAACGACGAGGUGAUCAGCAUCAGCAUUGAUAGCAUGGGCAAGGAAGAUCCCCUGCUGCCCCAGCAGCCCCAACAGCCGAUGAAGCUGAGCAAGAAGGCCCUCCACCAGCGGGACGCCGACGAGAAUCUCUUUCUGAGAUUCCUGGAACUCGAUCCGCCGGCGGAUGGCAAUGCGAAUAGUACAACCCAGGCACAAACGACGGGCCAAUCCCAAUCGACGUCCUCGAAAGCCAACGAGAGCAAUGCCAAUCACCUGAAUAAUGGGACAUCGGGUGGCGGCCGAAGGCAGUCCACCAUGCCAAACAAUGGCGGAGUGGGCGGAGCAGCGGGAGCAGGAGGAGGGGGAGGAGCUGGCCGCCAGCAGCCGGGGCGAACGCCAUUCACCAUGACGAAGAGACUCACGCGCACCGAGGAGCGGGGCUUCGGGUUCUCCAUCGUUUGGACCCACCCGCCGCGGGUGGAGAAAAUCGAGGCGGGGCUGUCGGCCGAUCGGUGCGGCAUCCUGCCCGGCGACUAUGUGAUAUUUGUGGACAAGCACAACGUGGUCACGAUGCCCGAGGCUGAUGUUCUGAAUUUGAUACGAUCGCAGGGUUCGGCCUUGACGUUGGAGAUAUUCAGAAGGUCAGGCGCGGGCGCCACAACAAUCACGACGGCGGAUCUGGGCCAGAAUAACACCAGCAUGAGCAGCCGGCUGGGCGCGGCGGCGGGAUUGGGCGUGGGCCUGGGCAGCGAGGAGCAUACCCUGGCCACCACCACCGGAACGACGACGGUGAUGAGUCUGCAGAGGACGGCCAGCACAAGGAUGCAGCCGGUGGGCAACAGCCUGAGCCGCCCGGCCACCGCCUGCUCCGGAACCACUUCGUCCAUCGAGGCGGCCAAGAGGAGGCUCCACCUGCCGCAGGUCACCUUCAGCAAGGAGUCGAUUGUGCCCAUUACGGACAACCGCAGGCGCUUCCUGCUCCAGCUGAUCAGUCGUGAGCAGAACUUCACGGCUGCCCUGCACUUCGGAGUGGAUCGAUUCGUCCAGCCGCUGGUGGAGCGCAAGGAUCUGAUCUCGCCGAACGACCAUCGCACCCUGUUCCAGAACAUUGACGAGCUGCUGCGCAUCGCCGAGGACAUCCUGGAGCAGUUGUGCAGCAGCGAUCAGCAGGACCAGGAGCCACACAUGAACUUCGCCUCGCGGGUCUACCUCUCAAAGACCACGGCGAUCUGUGCGGCGUACAAGAAGUACUGCAACGGCAUCAAACGGGCGGAUUGUGUGCUGGUCAACAAGUCGCGCCAGACGGGCUCCGAGUUCAUAGCCUUCAUCACGGAACCGGCGGUGCCGCGCAAGAGACCCGAUCUCACCAUGUUCAUCCACCGACCACUGCAGCACUUUCGCGAGAUCCUAAAGCUGAUGCAGUUGCUCGCCGGGAAUUGUCACGUGGACACGGAGGAGCACAAGAACUUUAGCACGGUCAUCAACGAACUGCAGGCUGCCUACAGGGAGAUCACCGUGAGCAGUGGUCUGAUGGAGCCACUGGGCGAGGGUCGUCCCCUGCUGACCCUCCAGGAUCUGGAGUCCCGCAUGGUCUUCACCAAAUGCAAGCCCUUCACUCUGGCCGUCCAGGGUCGCCAGUGGAUCUUCGGUGGGGACCUGUCCCGGGUCGAGGGGCGCUCGGUGAAGCCCUAUUGGACCCUGCUCUUCAGCGACAUCAUUGUGUUUGCCAAGGUCAGUCGUGAUCGAGUCCUGUUCAUCACGGAGGAGCCCAUUCCCAUCGCCAAUGUGGUGGACUCUUGUUUCCACAUGCGCAAGAAAACCACCGAGUUCCGCCUCACUGUGGAUCCCAAUGGUCGUCUGGCGGAGAGUCCCACGGGCUAUUGUGCGCCCGAUCUCACCCGCACUCCGAAACGAGGAGCCCGCCGUAAGAGUCUUAUUCUGAGAGCCCCCUCGUUGGAACUGAAGGCCGUCUGGCAGAAUCUUCUCCAGCGGCAGAUAUUUCUGGUUAAUGCCGCUCUGGGCUCCACACCACUGUCCAGUCCCCUGGACUCUCCGGAUGUGCUCAACACCCUGGUGCCGCUGAGCGACAUAGGACUGACCACCGCCUCCAUGGGGUCGAUGAAGCUGCCCUCGCUAGACAGCAUCCACUUGAAGCAGCAGCAGAAACAGCAGCGCAGCAACAAUUCCCACGGCCAUGCCCACCCCGCCGGAGGAGUAGCCACCGACAGAUCUGCAGACCGAUCCCACGGCCACAGCCAUGGUGGUCACAUGGAGCAGAUCGAACUGCUGAUCGACGAGAAGUGCCGCAUCCUGAACAAGACGGGCACUCCCAAGUCGAGCGCCCUGCACCUGGCCAACUGGAUGAAGGGGCAGCUGGACAAGCAACAGCAGCAGGCCCGACUGGCGGCCAUUGCGAGGUCGCAGGAGAAUGUGAGCGCCGAGGAUGAGCAGCUGAUCUUCAACAGCGACAGCGAGCAGGACGAACGGAUCACCUACUGGACGCGCCAGCAGCUGGAGAAGCGCACCAAGGAGCUCAAUCUGGCCAAGGAGAAUGGCGGUCUGUCGGCGAAGCCCAAUUUCGGGGGCAAGCGGUUGAGUGGCGUCGAAGAGCUCAGCAUGAGCGCAACCUCGGAUAUAUACUCCACGUCGGAGGCGGAGGGCGUGACCAGUGUGAUCAGUCAGUCGCACAGCACCACAUCGGACAGCCAGAUUACAGUACGCUCGAGUCCCAUUGUGCUGGACAAGCUGGCCGUUUGCCGUCAUUGCCACAAGAAUUGCCAGCAGAGCGGUCCGGGCGGCGUACGCCCUGGAGGCGGGGUCCAGAACUCCAGUUCCACGACUGUCCUGCUCUGCAAUUCGCUAAAGGUGCAGCACAGCCAAUCCUCACCAAAUCGCUGUUGCAAACUCAGCAAUGGCACCGCGGGCCUGGCCACCGAUUUGGCCAGCACAAAGAUGAGCAAUCGAACUGGGACAGAAACAGGAACCGGCACCGGCACUGGUAGCGUGACCAGCAUGUCCAGCAGCACCAUCACGGGAGAGCUGUCCUCCAAAGUGGUGGCCAGUAGCAGCCGCCGGGAAACCGGCGACACCGAGAGCGAUGUGGCCCAGCUGAUAACCGAUGAAAUCUCCCAAACGCAAUCAGAGGCCACGGAUGACAGCGUCGGUGCGAUGCCCAACAGUAGUAGCAGUGCCGGCGAAGGGAUCCCAAUCCCAACCAACUCCAAGCUACGUCAUCUAGAUCCACCAGUCACCACAGCAUCAUCCUUGCCCAACGGUCACUGCUCCGCUGGCGGUGGUGGUGGUUCACCAAAACCACUGCCCCCACCACGUCGCACCCGCAUCGUGGCCCAAAUGUGCCAGGAACCACUCAGGCCAAUGGCCAACCAGCAGGUCAAGGCCAUUGUGACCAUUACAGAGACGGCCAGGAUAAUGCGGAGCAGUCCAACAAAGGGAUCGGGAUCGGGCUCCGGCUCGGUGGGUGGUUCCCCAGCCAAAUAUGCCGCCUGCCAUUGCCGCUGCACCCCGGAGGACUUUACCCAUGCCCAACUCUCGCCGGACAAGAUGGAGCAUCAGACGUGCAAGCUGCUCGAGUCCCCGAAACAGACGGCCACCACUCUGCAGCAGAGGCAGGAGGACGAGCAGUUGUCCCUGAUGCUCAUUGGCCUGGCUCAAUUUGCUCCAGCUGCCAAGCUGUGCGGUCAGGAGAGGAUCAAGGACCUCAAGGAGGAGAUUAACAGUACGCCGACGAUAGCUGUGGUUCCACCCACUCCCGAUUCUGUGCUUACGAAGACCAGCACUCAUGUUUGGGACAACAGUGGCUGCUCCUCGAAUGGCGGGGGAACAGGAACUUCAACGACCAGCACCGCCACCACGACUACAAAACAGCCCCGGCAGGCUAUCAUUGAGAAUAUCCCAGAGGAUUCGUGUGACGAAUCUCCUUUGGACGAGGAACCACCCUAUCGACCCAUGAGCAGCGCCCUCCGACGGUUCGGAACCAUGUCCAGCCUAGAGAAGUUGCCCUCCGAUGACCGAAUGGAUGAGGCCGAUGAGCUGGACGAUGAUAUGGAACCCUAUACACCAAAUGGCCAUGAUCGUAAUAGUCCCCAAAUCGAGGAAGAUGACGAAGAUGCGAAAUCCGAUCGAGCCUUGGUGCAAAACGAUUUGGGUGCCUCGAGUUCAUCGGGCGGCGUUAUGGUCAACGGCGAGGUGCUGGCCAGUGGAGCGUGGACAAAUCGGGCGGGAGCCUUUGUCUCCGACAAGAUGUCCUUUUUCGAGGAGUCGCGUGCCUUCAUAGACAAGUACUUGGGGCGCUGGAAUGCCGGAGAGGCGCAACAACAACAGCAGGGAACCGCCUCGGAGACGGAUGAGCAGAUGGACGAGUGCACCUCGGGAGCCACUAGUGGUGAGGAGGUUUGGGGCACGCCCACCAGUGGCGGCGACAACGAUGAUCAGGACAUGCAGCUGAUCAACUCGGAGAACACGCAUUCAUCGCCGACCAAGUCGAGCACCUCUUUAAACGACGACGAUGACACAGAACUGAUGAUGGACGAACUGCUCAUGGCGCCUCCGAUGACGGCCAGCACGAUUCGAGGAUUGCUGCCACGCUUUUACAGACGUCGCCUUGAGCCCCUUUUUGAGGAGGAGACGGAGAGCGACGAAGAGAAGACGCAGCAGGACAACGAUGACGUCAAAAAGGGGGAAGCAACGACCAAUGGCCACUACCUAAAGGAUUCGGCUGGAAAUUCAAGCGACAGCGAGGCGGCGCCACCAGCCCCACCACCAGUUCCUCGGCCAGCGGUGCUGGAUCGGGAGGAGGAUCCGUCGGCGGAGGACAUGGACCAGGACCUGGAGGGGGAUCCGUCGGCGGAGGACAAGGACCAGGAGGAUACGCACUCCAGCGUGGAGCGACUGCAUCCGAAUCUGGCCACGAAUGCGAUGGGGCCGCGUCCCUUGCUCACCACCCGUCUGCUUCCCACCACAGCCAUCGAUCCUCAACCACCGGCACCGGUAGUGGUGGCCUCAUCCUGCGAGUAUCUGCUCGAUCAGCGCCCCUCGAGCGGAUCAGGACGCGAACCCGCCGGCGGGAUCAGCUGCAGCAGCAGCACCACCACAACCACGAUGCCAUUCACUCGGCCGACGCCUCCAUCUCCGGCGAAGCCAGCAGUGACGCCGAUCGGGACGAUGAUGACGAAGACGAUGAUGAUAACGAUGACGACGACGACGACGACGACGACGCCGAGUCGAGCUCCCUCAUCGAUUACUACAACAACCAGCAGCGCGAGCGGCACUACGAGCUCCGGCGGCAGAGCCAGCGGCAGGCCUCCGAGAUUUGUGCCGCCGCCACCGCCACCGCGUCGCUUGCUCCUCACGCAGACCGAUCUAAGCGCUGUCCAGGCCAAAACGGAGCCACAUCGAAAAAAAUCUGGCGCUAUUGCUGACAAUGGCUCCUCGGCGGUUGUCGGCGGCGCCGCCAGCGGUUUGGACCCAAUCGCUAUCGGGUCAAGGACAAUGCCAUCAGCGCCGAGUACCAGCAGCUGGGCGGCAGCGCCGGCGGCGGGGCCAAAACGACCGUCGUCAACGAUAAUCGAGACCUCCCUGCUGGGGGCACCCAGGCCCGCCUCAGCCACUUCAUCAGCAACAGUCUCGACAUCGAGGAUGGCAAAACCGAUCCGCCAGAGUCCCACCCACCACAGGAACUACAGCCACCCACAGUCGAGGGGGCAGAGCAGCCCAGCUGCAGUGGCACAGCCAGCUGCACCGCCAGACGCACCACCCGCUGCCCCAGUGCCCCACGCUGGAUGCGGCCUAAGCCCAAGGCUGGAAAUGCGGCUGGCCCUCAACCACGACAUCCUCGGGGACGAGGACUUGAUCUGCUACGAGCCUGGUCCAGAUCUAACAACUAUUCUGGGGCACGACCUCUCCACAUUUCAUCGUCUGACGGGUCGCGAUUUAUUGAGUCGUUCAGCCACGAACAGGGUGCAGCCAAAAGAGGCUGUCAUAUCGUACUCUCAACAACGCAACUCAAAGAUGGACACGCCGACGGUGAACCGCCGGCCCCGCCCCCUCUCAGCGGGCGCCUUGGGCGGCUCCACCAGCAACAGUAUCAACAAUCGCAGUCGGAGCAGCAGCAGCCACGGCAGCAGUCCGCUCGCCGGUGGUUUAACCCGUGCCGGCGGCGAGCCAAUGGGUCAGCUAGUGGGUCAAGCAGGUGGUGGAUUUGCUGGUCGAGUCGGCGGAGGGAGCGGAAGCGGCGGCGACAGCAACACCGCCUGCAGCUCCAGCAGAGGCGGGAGCAAAUUAGGCGAUCUGGAAAUCUUAGCGAGACGCGAGAAGAUAUACUCCAUGUCUCAAUCGAGGAGUGGUUGUCGAGCCAGGGAGACGACUACGUCCGCGUCCACAAUGUCCACGACGAACACGACCACUCUGGUGGCCAUGGCUACGGAGAUGCGUUCGGGGAUGGAUUCGAGUUCGGAGAAACGCGGCUCUUCCUGGCCCAAACGAGCAGUGGCAGCAGCAUCUCUGACGAGGACGAGGAGUACUACUUCGAUGGACGGAGCGGGAGCCAUCAGUACCACAACCACAACAACAAUGACUGAGGAGGCAUUCCUCGAGACCGAAGUGGGCAGAUCCAAGCGAUUAAUAAACUUUAUAAAGCGUCGCAACUCCGAGAUAACCGCCAGUAGCACCAGCAGCACCCCCAACUUCUCCGAAGGCGCCUUUGGCGAACAGCCACACCCGAGCCACAGGCAGAGCAGUCUUCUGCUCCAGAAGUUGCCGCCGGGUCAGUCGCAGGCCCAGGAUUCAGUCGAGAUGGCUCAGAUGUCGCCACGCAAAGAUAACGACAAGCCGUCACUAAACCGCCGCCUGUGGAAGCAAAUCACCAAACGCCGACGCACCAACUCCGUGUCCCAAAUAGUCGCAGGCUAGGGAAUCACCACUAACCGAUCCACUUGUCCGCUCUGUUACUGUUACUAACUGUGUUCUGUGGGUAGAUUUUAGCUAAACAUCUGAAAAGCCUCGAUUAGCGAUUGCCGAUGGGCAAUGAUCCUUGAGCGAUUAUCGAUAGCACGAUUGCACGGUGCAGCCCGUCGAAAGGCAGUGAUCGACUGCAACCAUAUCACGGUGAUCUUAACGGGCUGUCCCAACCGAAAGAACUGGCAAAAAGCAAAACCAAACACUUAGUAGUACGUUAAGAUUUUUGAUACGACUUUGUAGCUAGUGAAUCCCCCGGAUCGGAACGAUACCGGGCAGCUCUAGGCGUCCAAUUGCGUCCAAAAUCGAUUAUGCGAUAAGACGAUAAUCGAUUAAAACGGAAUAAAUCGAUUCUCCUGCCAGCAGAGCCAAGGAACCGAGUCCCAGCCAAAUACGAUUCAGACAACGAAUGGCAGUCAGUUGGUAAUUCUGGGCAAACUCACUAACUCCACAUUAGACAUUUUAGACAUUAAAACCAUAACACAACAUGUAACACUUGCAGUCCAGCCAAAUGAAUUAGGAUCUAGAGGAGUUCGUACACUGACUAUUUUUUAGAGAUCAUGAUAAUGUCUUAUAGCUUAGCAGUUUCGGGUUUAUGUUGCGGGAUUGAGACAGUGAAAUUGCCUUACGUAUUCAAUGAACUAUUGUAUGGGUAGCUUAACGUAGUAGUCUUUUUACACAUAACAUUUACAGCCUCAGCAGUUCGUAGUAGUCAUAGUCAGUCGUUAAUUGUCGGUCGUAAUACGAUUUUUAGUACUUGAAUUCCACGUUUUUAUCAACUAUUUAAAAACGGAACUAUUGCAUUAGUUAGACUUUAUAUAUAUACGUAUAUAUAUAUAAAAACUUGGUAGUUCAUUUCACAUUGAAAUUGAUAUUGGGAUUGGAAUCGGAAAGGAGAAGCGAGAAAACGAAUAACACGAAAAUUGUUGAAUGCAGCCCUGAGCUGUGAAAACGCUAACAAAUUAUACGAAUUAAUAACUAACGAUCAAGUACAUUUAUCAGCUUUAAUAGAAAAUCUAAUAUAUAUACAUGGAUCUAAAUAGUUCUAGUUCUAGUUAUAUAAUUGACAUAAACGAAUUACUUUUGAAUAGUGAGUACGCGAUCGAGUUAUUAGGCAUUUAUCACUCAGAUUCACUCGAUGCAUUCAUUGAUUCAGCACCGAUUACACCCCGUGAGAUAUUCAGUAAAUUACUUUGUGAACUCAGACAAACAAAUCGGAUUUUAUGUAUAUGGCUACCGAAGUAUGCAUAAAAUCUGCGGUAUACAUUGAUUUUUUUGGUCGAACUUUGUAUUUUACCAGAGUAGUAGAGUGCAAAAUGAAUUUCUCUUGAAAUUCGAUAAGAAAUUCAAUUAUUUAAAGAAGACAUUCCAAAGACAAGCAUCUAAAUAAAUUCAAUAUACAAUAAAUCAAAAUCGAAUGCAUCA